AUGGUUGCAUGCGAGAACUGCGGAGCAGGCAGCAAGGAGCCCGCACCCGAAUUAAACGGACGAUCGGACGAGGCCAACAGGCAGCCAUGGCCAUGGUCCGCCCUGUCGCGUGUGCAAGUGUUAGUGAGUGGUGGAUUCAUCCGUCUGGUGUGUUGCAUCCUCGACGCCAUUGCCCAUGCGCCUGUCCAGUUUGAUCAAACGCCGUUUGCUUCCAAGUCAUGA